CAUAACAUCCUUUGCCUCUGCUGCCUCCACCUCUCCACACCCCUUCGUUUACACCUCAUUCAACCUCAAAGCAGCAGCGAAUCCCAGAGCGUGUGCUUCCUGCGCUGUGAAGACCAAAGCUACCCCGCGGUAUCGAUCCACCGCCACACUUGACAGCUCACACUCCGCAACAGCCGGCAAACUGGGGAAGCGGAAGUUCUCCGGAGAGGACGAAGGUCCCAAUAAGAAAGUCAUGGCAGAAAAUAUGCAGGUCGACAGUCCUGCUACAGCUGUCGAGCAGCUCAAAGAAGCCUCCGGCGGCGAUGGCGAGAUCGACGAGUCCCUCUACAGCAGGCAGCUAUACGUGCUAGGCCACGAGGCUAUGAAGCGCAUGGGCUCCUCCAACGUCCUCGUCGCCGGUCUGCGGGGUCUUGGUGUUGAGAUUGCGAAGAACAUUGCCCUCGCCGGUGUCAAGUCGUUGACACUCUACGACCCCAAGCCCGCCGCUCUCGCCGACCUGUCAUCGCAGUUCUUCCUGCGCCCCGAAGAUGUUGGAAAGCCGCGCGCCUCCGUUACCGUACCUCGCGUCUCCGAACUCAACCCUUAUACACCCGUGCAAGAAUACAGUGGUAGCGACCUAACGUCGAACUUGUCGCAGUUGAAACAGUUCCAGGUCAUCGUUCUCACAGACACCUCGCUGGAUGACCAAGUCAAGAUUGCAGACUACUGCCACGAGAAUGGCAUCUACAUCGUCAUCACAGACACUUACGGCCUGUUUGGAACCAUCUUCACAGACUUUGGCAAGAACUUCACCAUCGGCGACCCGACUGGCGAGAACGUCACCAACGGUAUCAUCGCCAGUAUCGAUGAGACCGGUCUGGUGUCUGCUCUGGAUGAGACACGACACGGACUUGAGGAUGGCGACUGGGUUACCUUCUCUGAAGUGGAGGGCAUGGAGGCUCUGAAUGGCUGCGCGCCUCGCAAGAUUGAGGUCAAGGGCCCGUACACCUUCUCCAUUGGCGAUGUCUCCGGACUAGGGACGUACCGAAAAGGAGGACAGUACAUUCAGGUCAAGAUGCCCAAGAUCAUCGAUUUCGAGCCGCUCAGCAAGCAGCUCAAGAAGCCCGAACUCCUCAUUUCCGACUUCGCCAAGUUUGACCGCCCACAACAGCUCCACGUUGGUAUUCAGGCCCUCCACCAGUUCGCCAACAUCCACAAGGGCGAUCUUCCGCGUCCACAUCACGAGUAUGAUGCCGCAGAGCUUUUCAAGAUUGCACAAGAGAUUGCUAGCCAAGGGGAAGAGAAGGUCGAGCUAGACGAGAAACUGAUCAAGGAACUGAGUUAUCAAGCGCGUGGUGACCUCAGCCCUGUUGCUGCCUUCUUUGGUGGCAUGGCUGCUCAAGAGGUUCUAAAGUCCGUGUCUGGAAAGUUCCAUCCAAUCGUACAAUUCUUGUACUUCGAUUCCUUGGAGUCGAUUCCAACUUCAACGGCCCGCUCAGAGGAGCAAUGUGCUCCGAUUGGUUCGCGCUACGAUGGACAGAUCGCGGUACUAGGUCAGGAAUACCAGAAGAAGCUCGGCAACGUCAAGGAAUUCCUCGUUGGUGCUGGUGCUAUCGGCUGCGAGAUGCUGAAGAACUGGGCCUUGAUGGGCUUGGGCGCUGGACCUGAGGGCAAGAUUACAGUGACGGACAAUGAUCAAAUUGAGAAGAGCAAUUUGAACCGACAAUUCUUGUUCCGGCCUGCAGACGUUGGCAAGCUAAAGAGCGAUGCCGCAGCCAAGGCGGUACAGGCCAUGAACCCCGAUCUUAGCGGCAAGAUCGUCAUAUUGCAGGACAAGGUCGGCCCCGAGACCGAGCAUAUCUUCAACGAGACGUUCUGGAAUAACUUGGAUGGUGUCACAAACGCGCUGGAUAACGUAGAAGCACGUACUUACGUUGACCGGCGAUGUGUGUUCUUCCGCAAGCCACUGCUGGACAGCGGUACUCUCGGCACAAAGGGCAACACCCAGGUCGUUCUACCCUUCAUUACCGAGUCAUACUCCUCAUCACAAGAUCCACCGGAGAAGUCAUUCCCGAUGUGCACAUUGAGGAGUUUCCCGAACAGGAUCGAGCACACUAUUGCGUGGGCGCGAGAGUCGUUCGAUUCACUGUUCGUGAAAGGACCCGAAGUAGUCAACCUAUACCUCACACAGCCGGAUUACCUUGGUGCGUCGUUGAAGCAGUCAGGAAACGAGAAGCAGACUUUGGAAACUCUACGAGAAUUUCUGGUAACCGAGAAGCCGCUUUCCUUUGAUGAUUGUAUCAUCUGGGCACGCCACCAAUUUGAGAAGAGCUACAACCACCAAAUCGCGCAGCUACUCUACAACUUUCCCAAGGAUUCCACAACCGGCUCUGGCCAGCAAUUCUGGUCGGGACCGAAGCGCGCGCCGGAUCCACUGAAGUUUGACACUUCAAAUUCCACGCACUUCACCUUUGUGGAAGCCGCCGCUAUCCUCCAUGCUUUCAACUAUGGCAUCAAGCCCAAUGCCACGCGGGAACACUACCUUGAGGUCCUUAACGACAUGAUCGUCCCAGACUUCAGGCCCGAUCCCACAGUGAAGAUUCAGGCAAGCGAUAACGAUCCGGAUCCAAACUCGAACCAAGCUGGAGGUGAUGAGAACGAUUCUCUGGAUACUAUCAUCAACCAGCUGCCGGCGCCAAAGUCGCUCGCUGGCUACAAGCUUGAGCCCGUCGAGUUCGAGAAAGACGACGAUACCAACCACCACAUUGACUUCAUCACAGCCGCCAGCAAUCUGCGCGCGGAGAACUACAAGAUCGAGGUGGCUGACCGACACAAGACAAAGUUCAUCGCAGGCAAGAUUAUCCCAGCCAUUGCCACCACUACUGCGUUGGUCACUGGUCUAGUCAACCUGGAGCUGUACAAGGUCAUCGAUGGCAAGACGGACAUUGAGCAAUACAAGAACGGGUUCAUCAAUCUGGCGCUACCUUUCUUUGGCUUCAGCGAGCCGAUUGCUAGCCCCAAGGGCACAUACCAAGGGCACAAUGGCGAGGUUACGAUCGACAAGCUGUGGGAUCGAUUCGAGGUGGAAGACAUCACGCUGAGGGAGUUUGUUGACCAUUUUGAGAAGAAGGGUCUUUCGGUCCAGAUGAUCAGCUCUGGUGUUAGCUUGCUAUACGCUUCCUUCUAUCCGCCAGCCAAGCUGAAGGAUAGGAUGGGAUUGACCAUGAGCAAGCUCGUUGAGCACGUCAGCAAGAAGCCGGUACCCGACCACCAGAAGAACGUCAUCUUCGAGAUUACCGCGGAAGACCAGAAGGAGGAGGAUGUGGAGAUUCCGUACGUGAUGGUCAAGUUGCAGUAAGCAAGGUUUUGAAGUAAGAGGAUUGGCGCACGAGACUGGAUCAUGAUGAUCAGACAUGAUCACAUAUAUAGAUGAGCAUGGCUUGCAUGAAUAGAAAUUUCACUCCCAUAGU